GUUUCACUAACCCUUAAAGACGAACAAUUUGACAUCUUCAAUCGAGAACAAACCCGUUUAGCAGAGCUUGAGGCUCACUUUAAAGCUUUAUCUGAUGUUCAAGCUCGCUUCCAAGAAAAUCACAAACUAGAAGACUGGCUUGAGGAUAAAGGGUUAUCGCAACUCCCCUCCAUUUGGCCCAAAUUAAAAUUGGCAUCGGGUUGGGAAACAGCUUUUGAAGCGUAUUUAAGCGAGCGUCUCGUGGCGCGGGAAAUUUCUAACCUUGACUGGGUUGGGCAACUGGUCACGGGUACAAUUCCCGAAAAAAUGACCUUUGUCCAAUUAAACCAAGUAGAAAAACAAAAACCCACCCUCACCAUCGAAGGGUUAACGCCAGCUACUGACAAAAUUACUAGCACCGAUGAUGGUGUCAGCGCACUCUUGAGCGCGUGGUUUUCAGGUGUCUAUUGUUGCGACGAUUUGCCUAGUGCAUUAAAGCACCGUUCUUUGCUUUGCGACCAUCAAACCCUCUUAACGCCAAGUGGUCAUGUGGUGACCAAACAUGAUGCUCGUCUUUAUGCGGCCAACGCUGAAGCAUCCGGCUGGGUUGCACGCGCAGCCGAAAUUGAACAGUUGCAAAAACGCAUUCGUGCCCAACAAAUUGUCAUUGAGUCAAGCAAGAGCCAGUACCAAGAUGCUCAAUAUGCUUAUCUGCAACAACAAAAUCAACAACAACACCUCAACGAACAAGUUAAAAUUGAUGCACAAAAAGUGCAUGAACAGCAGCUUCUGGUGAUGAAACUACGUCAAGAAAUGGCGCAAUUUGAAGCACAACAAAGCCAGCUCUUAGGAGAUGAAGCUGAGUUAAAAGAACAACAAAAAAAAUUAACUCAGCAACAAGAAGAACUCGAAGAACGUUUUGAGCAGGCUGACUUACAAUUGGCCAGUAGCCAAGAAACACUCGAAGAACUCAUUUUGCAACAAGAAGCCGCUCUAAAUGACUUAAAUGAUGUUAAGCACAAGACGCAGCAAAUCCAUCAUCAACGCCAAGAAGUACAAUUUCAAUUGCGUCAGCAUCGCCUGAUGAUCGAGAGGUUUGAUGAACAAAUUCAUAGUGCUACGGAGCAGAUUGAUCGUUGCCAAGAGCAACUGGAGAGCUUACGCAGCGAGUUAGAAUCGAUGCAAAUCACUCAACAUAACGAGGAGCUAGAUGCUGCCGUGGCACAGCGUGAAAUGGCCGAACAAAUACUAACACAGACUCGCUUAGCCAUGGAAGAAAAAGCACAGCAGUUACGUGCGCAAGAAGAGUCCCGUUAUGCCGCUGAUCGUGAACGCGAACCCAUUUUAGAACGGCUGGCAAACUUGCAAGUGAAAGAACAAGCUGCAAAAAGUUUAAUUGAUCAAUUUAAUGAGCAGCUUGCGCAAAUAACCUUUGAUGCGGCUGCGGUGCGCACGGACAUGCCAAGCACACUCAAGACCACGGAGUUACGCGCCGAUAUUUUGCGUAUCAACCAAGAGAUUCUCGCAUUGGGCGAUGUGAAUUUGGCUGCUCUAGCUGAACUGGAAGAAGCACAAAAACGCCAAGAAUUUUUA